CAUUCACUUGACAUCUGUUGGCGUGACUCUUCCUCCAACUGCAUCUCUACCUGAGAUUUUGAAGAACAGCGAAAACGGUUGACCCCUGCUUUCAACAUGUCUUCCUCUGCACACUGUUCCGGGUCCAAGUUCCUUGGGCGCCUGAAAAGCCCCAUCUGUAGCUCCAAUGCUGAGCAAGAUGACCACCAACUUCCCAAGUUUGAGCACUUUGGGGAGGCUGUGGAAAUUCCCCAUGGCCCCUCCAGUGAUGCCACCCUGGAAUGUGUGAGAGUGGACAUGAUGCAAAAUGAGAACAAGAGCGACCACCACUGUCACUUGUACGAAGGCAAAAACAACAUUCUCAUCGUCCGUAGGGCUCAAGAGUUUCAGAUGACCCUCCAGUUCAACCAGCCCGUAAAUCCCAGUGACAAAUUCCAGAUUGAGUUUUACAUUGGUAUUGAUACCAACGUGUUCAAUGGCACAAAGAUCAUCGUCGCCUUUGACGGCUCACAAACUGGGAAUUGGACCGGCCGCAUGAUACAGGAACAAGGGGAUGAGUGCGUGGUGGGCAUCACCCCUUCUGCGGAUGCCAUCAUCGGAAAGUACUACACGAACGUGGCGGUCAUCAGUGACAUUGGAAUCUCAAGGACACAAAAGGACUCUGGAACAGACUUCUACCUGCUGUUCAACGCCUGGGCGUCCAAUGAUGAAGUGUACAUGCCCAAUGAGGAAGACAGGCAGGAGUAUGUGAUGAAUGAAAAUGGCUGCAUAUACCAGGAGGAAUCAGGUGGUGGAAGGCAAUGGUAUUAUGGUCAGUUUGUGGAAGGGAUUCUUGAUAUCUGUUUCCAAAUCUUGGAUGACUCACACAUGCCUCUAGUAAACAGAGGCGAUGCUGCCAACGUCUGCAGGAUAGGCUCUGCAAUGAUGAACUCCCAGGAUGACCGCGGAGUCUUGGUGGGCAACUGGAGCGAGGACUUCUCCAAUGGCACUGCACCAACCUUCUGGAUUGGCAGUGACCAGAUCCUGCUCCAGUACGCCAGCAAAGGCCCCGUCAGCUACGCCCAGUGCUGGGUCUAUGCCGGGACGCUCAACACCUUCCUGCGGUGUCUGGGCAUCCCUGCCAGGGUGAUCACCAACUUCAACUCCGCCCACGACAACUCAGGGAACAUAAUCACGGAUCUCGUCUUCAACUCAGUGGGAAAUCAGCUUGAACUGAACGAGCGCCUUACCAGAGACUCAAUCUGGAACUACCACUGCUGGAACGAGGCUUACUUGUCCAGACUUGACCUCCCUGCAGACCAGGACUUGGGUGGCUGGCAGGUUGUGGAUUCCACCCCUCAGGAAACCAGUGAUGGAUAUUUCCGCUGUGGACCAUGCUCUAUCAAAGCCAUCAAGGAAGGAAUGCUCGGUUAUCAAUUUGAUGGCCCAUUUGUGUUUGCUGAGGUGAAUAGCGACGUUUACAAAUACACGCUAAAUACACAAACUGGGAAAACUGAGUUACUAAGCGUAGACAAAACUUAUGUCGGCAAGAAACUCGUGACGAAGUCCAUUGGUGGAAACAAUUAUGAGCCAAUGGACAUUACAGAGACGUACAAAUACCCAGAAGGCAGUAGUAAAGAUGAAGAGACCAUGAAGAAUGCCGAGAGAACCUACAAGUCGCAUAUGCAAUAUGAUGACGAGCAGGGUGUGGAGAUGACGCUGGAGAUCCCGCAGGAGCGUGUGAAGAGUGGCCAGAACUUCCAGAUGGCUGUGGUCUUCAGGAACCUGAGUGAAGACACACGCACCAUCCAUGGCCUCCUGGUCGGCUCCACGAUCUACUACACCAACAUCCAAAGGGCUCAGUUCAAGCAGGAGACCUUUGACGUCACUCUGAACCCAAUGGAGACGUCGAGGGUACAGGUGGUCGUGCUAGCCCAGAACUAUGUGCCCCAGCUGGGUUGCCAAUCCAACCUCCGCUUCGUGGUGACGGCCAAGAGCUUGGAGAACAACCAGGACAUGAUGGCCAUACAGAUAGUGAACCUGAAAGGCCCCGACCUGGCCUUUGCGAUGAGUGGACCAGCGAAGGUGAACCAGAAGGUAUUUGUCAAUGUGGAGUUCACCAACCCGUUCCCAUUCAGCCUGCGUGACGUGAGGAUAGCCAUGCAAGGGCCUAAUUUCAUCUCAUACCGGGAAAGGUUGUACAGUGUGAUCGCUCCCGGUGCCUCCAUCACCUGGAUGGAGUCCUGUGUCCCUACGAGGUCUGGGAAUACAAUGAUCUAUGCUGUCCUGGACUGCUCGGUCCUUGGGAAUGUGCAAGGCAAUUGGGCCAUCGUCGUCCAGGCCUGAGCAUUGCCCAGGAUGCCCUUCCCACCUGCUAAUCGCCUGCCAUCGACCGGAAAACCAUGGACGAAUAGAGGCCCUUUGUGUUGAUUUGAAAGGAUUUGAUCGCUGGAUAAGCAAUUCCAUCUAGCCUAUGAGAGGGUGAGGGCGAGCAAAUAACAUACCCCUUACAGAAAAAACACAUGAUUCACAGGUGAAAUUUCCUCCUUUGAAAUCAUGUGAAACCAUGUUUUUUAGGAACACUGAAGUUUACAUGUGGUUUUUACAUGUGAUCACAAACUUUCACGUGAAUAUUUUUCAAAUGAGAUUCCACAGAUGAUGCCCUGCAAACAAAAUUGAGUCGUUAGGAUACACACAAACAGUGCUUUUAACAUACAGUGUUUUCAACAUACAUAUUUGACAUGCAUGAUUACAUUGUGUAUGUUUAUUUAUGCAGUAAUUAUAAUUCAACAUGUCCACAGCUGGGUUUUAAACUCACAAACUCUUGGUUCACGGCAUCCCGACCUUCCUGCUACACCAUCAAGUCGGUGUCAAUUACAAAUUGAACCUGUAUUCCUACACUUUGGGUUUAAGUCAAAUAAAUAUGAGCUUUGUUAAAAAUACACGAUUAUAAAAAAGUAUUAUAUUUAUCAUAGUGAUUCAGGAGUAACAUUAAAACAGAGUAAUAUCCCCCACAAACAGUAGACAACUAUUCAGAAAACAAUACUUAUUCUGAAAUAACUGUAUGAAAUCUAUGGUGAGAGAAUAAUCAGAUUAACUAAAAUAGAAGUGCAGAUGGCACUCUUUUGCUAAGUGCAGACAUGUAUUAUAGGUAAUGAAUGUGUAUAGGAAUGCUAUAGACUUUGAUGGGCAGCAGAAAGAUCACCUUAACCCAGAAGUUGUAAAUUCUAAUCCCAGGUGGGGUCAUAUUGAAAAGUCACUACUAAGUGAUCAUGUCAAAAAUAAUCAUGUUAUCAUUGAUGAAAUAUUUGGUACACUAUUUUAGCUGAAUAGUGUACCAUUUACUUUAAAAUCCCACAUAUCAUUUGAUUCCCUUACACAAAAAUACAUGCAAAAUCACAUUUUCAAAUGUGAAGUAGCUGUUUUCACAUGUUGAGCUGGAAUUUUCACAUUUAAAAACAAAAGAGACUUGAGGUCAGUUGUUCACAUAUGAAACCACAUGUUCACAUGUAUUCAAUUUAAAGUUCACAUGUUAACACCACCUUUUCACAUAUGAGGAGAAUAACAUUUUGCAUCCCCAUGUCGUCACAUUUAUUUCACGAGAUCAUGUUUUCACAUGUGUAGUUUCAUGUUAUCAGAUGUUGCUUUUACAUGUUGUCACAUAUGUUAUCACAUGUGAAAUGUAUGUGAUUUUUCUGUAAGGGAUUGCUUACACCGAUAAGAUGUUUUACAGAAAUGCCUACGGCUAGGGGCUAGGAGUUGAUUUGGAAUUGGACAGAAGAGGGAGGGCCAAAAAUGCAACAAGUGCAUCAGUUUAUCUUUUUAUUUCCUCUGCAACGCCAAAUAUCAAUCAAAUCAAUAUAUUUUCAGGCAUUGGUGACACUUAAAGUUGAAAGGCACCUACAUAAGGACUUCAUCACACAUUCAUUAGCCAUAUAUGCCACAUUCAUAAUCAGUAGAACUGCAAGCUGACUUUAUUUAACUAGGAUUGUUAGCUAAGAACAAAUUCUUAUUUCCAAUGACGGCCUACCCCGGCCAAACCCGGACGACGCUGGGCCAAUUGUGUGCCGCCCUAUGGGACUCCCAAUCACGGCCAGAUGUGAUACAGUCUGGAUACGAACCAGGGACUGUAGUGAUGCCUCCUGCAUUGAGAUGUAGUGCCUUAGACCGCUGUGACUUCUUUGAUAUGUCACAGUAUCAUCACUUGCAUGUCAACUCUAAACAUCCUGUGUAAACUUGCAGUUGUUGACAUAGUUUUUUCAUAAAAAUUAACCCUUCACUAGUGUUACCAAAGACUCUCAUGGAUGAAAAAUGUUCAAUAGUUAUGAUCCAUAUGAAUAUGAUGGAUAGAGUUUUUUAUGCAUUGUAAUUAGAUUACAUUUAUAUCUCAGGGAUUACAUUUGGUUUUGAGUCAGCCGACUCAGAUUCGGUUUCUGUUAUUUUCGAUCUUACAAACCUUUGCUGACUGUAAAUUUCUCAUACAUCAUGACCUUCAAUCUAGUCAACGGUCCAGUGUUAUCUGCAGUAGAUUUUAAUCAAGCAGAAAAGGUGCUGUAUUUGAAGAAGCUAUGCGUAUUUGGGAAACAAUGUGAUUUUUUUUAAUUUCGACUGGGAUUUUGGUUGCCAAAACGUUGCACAUCACCCAACUAUUAACCUUAGAAAAAUAAUUUAAUUGUAUAACAUUAAAAAAAAAUAAUAAUCACAAUGUAAAAGCCAUAUGUGGGCACCAUUCCUCAGUUAUUUUGUUUGAUCGUUUUUUGUAUAACCAGUAAUAUUGGAAAACCGUAAUUUUUGGCUUUGCAUCAAACUAAACAUUUUAAUUCACUGCCAUGAACUGUUUAUAAAGUUUCAGCUGUGCACUGCUUUUGAUUAACAAUAAAAUCAUUUUCUA